GAGAUGCAUUAGUGGUGCUCAUAUGAAGCGCAGAAAGGGGAAAGCAACAGGAAUUCAAGAAGCCGGGACGAGAGAGGAAAAGGCAUGUCAAGAAAUGACAAAAAUCGACGAGAUCAUGCGAAUAGUGUGCGGUACCUGCCUACAGAUCUGAAACGAGGCUUUAUUAGGGCGCCUGCACUUUUACGAGCCAGGCACAUGCGUGGAAACGCCAGUAACGCCGGCUCGCAUCACUCCUGCAGAAUACUGGGCAAACAUGGGUGAUAUGCUGGACUAGCGCUGCUAUGGCUACUUGCAGGGAAGCGAGCGAAGAGGACGGCGCUCAGCC